AUGUUAAAUAGCUCAAUAUAUUCAUCCCCUAAUACUUAAAAACAAAGAAGUUCAUCUAUGAUGAUGUCUUUGAUUUAUGGAACUUCAGUGUCUCCUAAUAAAUCUCGAGUCAUCCAAUUAAGUGAGAAACUAUCUUAAUUAUCAAUUGAUGAGGAUAGAACAUUAAAAAAGGAAACCUAUGAAGAAAAAUUGAAUUCAAUAAAUUAAAAGGUUCAAAAAGCCCAUUAAAACGAUCUCAGUAGACUACAAUCAUUAUAAGAGCAAUUAACUAAAAUGGAAGAAACGUUAAGAAAUGAUUAAAUUAUCAGAAAUACUAAUUCUAAAAACUUUCAUUAAACUGCUCUAAAAGAGCAAGAGAAGAAUGUGCAAUAGAGUAUUUAAAAAGAUAAACUUCAUCGUAAGACAUUUGAAAUGAGAUUAACGAAAUUGUUGGACGAACAAUCUUACAAAAUGAGAUUAGAAUUGGCCAGAUAACAACAGUAUAGGAAAGAGACAGAAGAGCAAUACUAAAUUGAGAUUGAGCAUAAAAUUCAAAAUCUAAGUUAGGAUGUAAGGAAUGAGAAGAGAGAAAGAGAAAUGAUUUAUUAAGAGUUCGUAAGAAGAAUGGGAGAGCAGGUAUUUUCAGUAUCUGAAACUUUGAAUUAAGAAAAGAAGUAACGAUCAGAUUCUUAAAACCAAAUGGAGGUGAUGAUUUAGGAGAUUAAUAAUAUUCUAAACUUAUAAUUGGCUGAGGAACAGUUAUAAAGAGAUGAGACUGAAAGAACAAUGAUCAGAUUAUUAAAUGAGACAUGUAAUCGGGUGGAGAAUUCCCUGAGAAAAUGA